UCCCGCGGGCGGCGCGCGGCGGCGGCAGAGCGAGGCAGGUGCCGGCGAUGGCGGGUCGCGCCCAGCCCAGCGGCCCCGCGGGCAGCGGCGGCGGCGCCCCGGGGCUCCUCCCGCUGCUGCUGCUGCUCCUGUCCGCCGCCGCCAUCAUCCCCCGAGGUGAUGGCCAGAACUUGGUGACAGAGGAUGUGACAGUGGUGGAGGGGGACGUGGCCACCAUCAGCUGUCGCGUCAAGAACAGCGAUGACUCGGUGAUCCAGCUGCUGAACCCCAACAGGCAGACCAUCUAUUUCAGAGACUUCAGGCCACUGAAGGACAGCAGGUUCCAGCUGGUGAACUUCUCCAACAGCGAGCUGCGGGUGUCCCUGACCAACGUCUCCAUCUCUGAUGAAGGGAGGUACUUCUGCCAGCUCUACACUGACCCACCCCAGGAGAUCUACACCACCAUCACCGUGCUGGUCCCACCGCGCAAUCUGGUAAUUGAUAUCGAGAAGGAGACGGCGGUGGAGGGAGAGGAGAUCGAGCUGAACUGCACUGCCAUGGCCAGCAGACCAGCCACCACCAUCAGAUGGUUCAAAGGCAACAAGGAGCUCACCGGCAAGUCGGAGGUGGAGCGGUGGUCGGACAUGUACACGGUCACCAGCCAGCUGCUGCUGCGGGUGGGGCGCGAGGACGACGGCGUCCCCGUCAUCUGCCUGGUGGAUCACCCUGCGGUCAAGGACCUGCAGACACAGCGCUACCUGGAAGUCAUGUAUAAGCCUCAAGUGCGGGUUUCUCAGAAUUACCCCCUGCAAGGCCUGACCAGGGAAGGGGAGCCGCUGGAGCUGACGUGCACAGCCUUUGGAAAGCCACAGCCUACGGACAUGAGGUGGUUAAGAGUAGAUGAUGAGAUGCCUCAACACGUUGUAGUGUCUGGUUCAAACCUUCUCAUUAGUAACCUAAACAAAACAGAUAAUGGUACAUACCGCUGUGAGGCUUCCAACGCGGUGGGGAAAUCACAUGCGGAUUACAUGCUGUUUGUAUACGAUCCCCCCACAACUAUCCCUCCUCCCACAACAACCACCACCACUACCACCACCAUCCCUACCACCAUCACAGACACAACGGCGACGACAGAACCGGCAGUUCACGGCUUUACUCAGUUGCCCAAUUCGGCCGAGGAGCUGGACUAUGGGGAUCUCUCAGGUACAUCUGUGCCGCCCACAGCCUCAGGCGAGGCUCUGCCGACUGAGCCGCUCAGUAACGCGUCCCUUGCCUCCCGCCCAGAUUCCCGCGCGGGUGAGGAGGGCGCCAUACGCAGCGUGGACCAUGCCGUGGUUGGUGGCGUCGUGGCCGUCGUCGUCUUUGCCAUGCUUUGCCUGCUCAUCAUUUUAGGGCGAUAUUUUGCCAGACAUAAAGGUACAUACUUCACUCACGAAGCCAAAGGAGCAGAUGAUGCGGCCGACGCAGACACAGCCAUCAUCAACGCAGAGGGGGGACAAAACAACUCCGAGGAAAAGAAAGAGUACUUCAUCUAGAGCAGCCUUGGUUCCCAUGAGGUGUCCAACCGUGGAUGGUUACUACUGGCCCUAUUUAAACGCUACAAAGACAGUGAUCUUGGAAGUUGCAACCAGCUUGUGUCUUUUUUUUUUAAGGAAAAAAAAAAAAAGAAAUGGGUGGAGAGCGGUGAGGCCGGGAAGGUCUGGGAUUUGCUGUGUAAAAAUAUUCCUCGUAAAGUACACUCUGCUGUUCGACA